AUGUUGCGUAUAACACCCAUAGAAGAAAAGCUAUUUACAGAGUUAUUAGAGUACAAUGAUAAAAUAGGUCUAGAUAUGACAUUCAGAGUGGCAGGUGGCUGGGUUAGAGACAGGUUAAUGGGUAUCCCGUGUGAUGAUAUAGACAUAGCCAUAGACAGAAGCAGUGGUGCCGUAUUUACAGCAGGGUUUAUUACGCACUUACACGGGAAGUCUGAAGAAGUACGUGGGUACCACGUGAUUGAGUGCAACCAUGAAAAGUCAAAGCAUUUAGAGACAGCCAGUCUACGGUACAUGGACUUAUCCAUAGAUUUUGUGGCUUUAAGAACCGAGGAGUACACAGACACAAGAAUUCCCACAGUCCGCACGGGCACACCUCAAGAAGAUGCUAAUAGAAGAGACAUCACAAUAAAUGCACUUUUCUAUAACAUAAACACAAGAACCAUUGAAGAUUAUACAGAAAGAGGUCUACCAGAUAUAAAAAACAAAAAGAUCAGAACUCCCCUGGAUCCGAUGGAGACUUUUUUAGACGAUCCCCUCCGGAUACUUCGAGUCCUAAGAUUCGCAUCCAGACUGUCCUUUGAAAUAGUACCUGAAAUACUUAGUGUACUAAAUAAACCAUCACUCCAUGAUAAGUUAAACAGAGUUGUAUCCAAGGAACGAGUAGGGUGUGAAAUAAAGAAGACCCUCUCACACACAGGGUACAUUACAGCCAUAAAAACAAUGGCACAGUACAGGAUCGUACACGCCUUAUUCCCAGAUGUAAAUUUAUCAUUUGAAGAUGUCUGUGCAUUCACGGACACUCUGAGUGUAUUACAGGGUAUCACAGACCAUCCAUGCACAGCCAUUCCAUCAGAAGAGGUUUACAUAUUAAGAAUAUUUAUACUCCUUCAAAAUAAUUUACACAUAAAAAAGGGGAAGGGCACAUUAACAGAAUACGUUAUAAAAGAAUUAUUAAAGUGGACUAAAAUUGAAAGGGAGAAGAUCGUACAGAUAGAAAGGAGUCUAUUAAAAAUAGAUGGACUCAUGGGGAUAACUUGUCCAGAGAAUGACUGGCUAGUUAGGGUAUCAAGAGAAUUAGGACCACACAUAGAGCACUCAUUCACAUUAUACGAUAUCAUACAGAAAUUAAAAAAACAAGAAAAAAUUAACGUACUUUCCGUAUAUAGUAAGAUACUUUCUAACGGUUAUAAAAAUAUAUAUUUAGAAAAGGGACCAGUUGAGUGUUCAGUUAUAUUAGAAGCACUAAACAUAAAAAAGCAAGAUGUAUCCAAGUACAUGGAGAGAUCCACACAAUUAUCAAUUAUACAUCAGACCAAGGACACGGAAUAUAUACUUACUCUACUAAAGAAGGAAUUCUCCAUACCACAGGAUACAUAAAUAAAAUA